AUGGCAACUAUCGAAACAGCCUAUUAUGUACCAACAUUCUUGGGUUUAUCAACCACAUUUGGAAUAUCCUGCGCUAUUUCAGCAUCAUGCAUCAUAGCAUUUGAAGUCUAUAAGAGAUUUGAAUCUAUGCAAUGUCUAUUCGCUCCUAAAUCCCAUUUAUUCAAGAACUCUAUUCCAGCGCUUCCCAACUACUUGUUUUCUUGGGCAACUUGUACUUUCUCAAUAUCAGAACAAGACCUACUUCAAAGGGUUGGAUUGGAUGCAAUCAUGCACAUACGGUUUCUACGUAUGGCAGUUCAUUUUCUGGUAUUCCAAUCGCUCAUUGUCUGUCCUAUCCUUUUGGGGCUUCAUUGGACUGGAUCAGCAUCUCAGCAGCAAGCUUAUUCUGACCAUUUCAGAUCCAAUUCAACAUUAUAUUAUCUAUCUAUUGCCAACAUCAAGAGUCAUGAUCCUGUCGUCUGGACACACGUAUUCUUUGCGUACUUUAUUUCCUUGACUUGGCUAUGGCUCUUGUUUGCAAAUCAUGUACACCACAUUCACUUGUUACACCAACUGCCUCGUCAAUUGCUUCACAAGAGGACCGUUCUGGUCACACGAAUACCUCCUCAUCUACGAACAAAAGAGGCACUCGAAGAUUACUUUAUGAAGCAAGGACAGGUUGAGUCUGUUGAGUUGAUUCCACACAAGACAAUACGAUCAUUAGAUACUUUGUUAAAAAAGAGGCAAAAGCUGAUAGAUGAGCUUGAGCUAACGUUAAUACAAAUGGCUCGCAAGCGCAUCCAUUCGGACAGGUCAGAUGACUGGGAUCAAUGGAUCCUCCAGUUACAGGAAUAUCCAGAAUAUACAACGAUUACAGAUACCUUGUCCGAAGUGGAAGCUAUGGAUAAGGAUAUUAUUGAACAAAGGGCACACAUUUCUAAUGAUGUUACUGCUUCAGCAUUUGUUACUUUCAAACGUAAUCAAUCUGCUCAAGUCACUUCACAGAUAGUCACAAGCUCAAAACCGGGAAUACUUCAUGUCAGAAUGGCACCAGAGCCAAGAGAUAUCCUAUGGAAACACUUGUUAAGAAAAGGAAGAAAGAGCCGACUUUUGGGUGGUGGCAAAAAAUGGCUAGUGUCUGUUGCAGUCUGGUCACUUACCAUCUUUUGGCUAUUCCCCAUUACAUUCAUACUUAGUCUUACUUCCAUCAGUUCUUUAACACAGCAUUUCCCAUUCCUCGAGCAAUUCAUUGUUUCCUCAUUUGUAGACUUUAUAUCAUAUUCCGAGCUUGAAGACACUGUUCUUGGCCGACAUUAUCACUUUGCUAUUUUCAAUGUCUUGAUUGUCUUUUUACUUGGCACAACCUUUCUAAGCACCAUACUUGAUGUUGUAUAUGAACCCACUAUGCUUAUUCAACUCCUAGCAAACGCACUUCCUCAAGGCGCAAACUUUUUCUUAAACUACAUCUUGUUUAAUUCAUCAACACAUGCAAUGGAGCUUGUUCUUUUAGGUUCACAGCUUUUUGGACACCUCUUUUUUGUUUUACCUUUUAUAUCAAAAACACCACGCCUUAAACUACGCUAUACCACGCCAUGGUCAUUUCCAUAUUAUUAUUAUUAUCCUGCUCAUAUCCUUGUCCUUGUGAUCACACUGACGUAUUCUGUUAUUCAACCACUUAUCCUGACUUUUGCCGUACUUUACUUUGCGUUUGCAUUAGUCGUCUACCGCCACCAGUAUUUAUACUGCUAUCUUCGCAAAUAUGAAUCAGACGGAUCACGACACUACCGAAGGAUGGCAAGGUAUACCUCAGACGGCCUCUUGAUCUUUCAAAUGACCGUCGUGGGCAUUCUAUAUCUCAAGGGCGUCCUGACCGCUGCUACGGCCGUACUGCCUUUGAUUAUCUUUACCGCUUGGGCCAAAAUAAGGCUGCAUGCUCUGUUUCAUGACAGAACCAAGCACAUAUCUUCGAUCUACGACCCAACUGCAUCUUUUAGUCACUCUUCUUCUUGGAUAGAUGAUAUAUGGAAGCUGUCGUUGAUCAAGUCUUGGUAUUUUUCUGGCCGAUAUGAAGGUCAAGAGCAAGGUAAUGACGCCACAUCCGAGAUAACAACAGUCGCGAUACAACAGCCUUGUCAUAAACCUCAGCAAAUGUUGGAUGUGAUUCAUGUCAAAUAUGUAUCCGGAUGA